GUUGGUAACACCGUCAUCGGCAGAUGUUUUGUUUUUCCCGUGCUCUUUCUUGUUUUCUUUCUAUUUUAAAUUCGAAUAUUGGACUUCGGACGGUUUAAAGUGCACUUGAAUUGUUGAACUUUAAUCAGUUGGGGUUUGAAAGCUGGUUGUAUAAUUUUCCGCACAGUUGCUGUGAAACGUACUCGAAAAUUUGCAAGAUUGGCAAAAUGGGAUCUGUUGCAAAGCUUGCUCGCAAAAGUCUGUGUUCAAGGUUGAGGGCAUUCUCGAGUGCUGCAACAGAUGGAAAACCUUCAGGUGGUGUUUGCUUUGAACUGUCUGAUGAACAGAAAGAAAUCCAGGAUCUUGCAAGGAAGUUUACAAGAGAUGAAAUCAUACCCAAAGCAGCAGAGUAUGACCGAACAAUGGAGUAUCCAUGGGAUAUUGUCAAGAAGGCAUGGUCAGUGGGCCUCACCAAUUCCAGCAUCCCCAAACACUGCGGUGGCGUGGAGAUGGGUGUUUUUGAAGGCUGUUUGAUUGCUGAAGAACUGGCAUAUGGUUGUUCCGGUAUGAAGACUGCAAUUGAGGGUUCCGGCCUAGGGCAAACACCUGUCAUCUUAGCUGGAAAUAAGGAGCAACAGAAAAAAUUCUUGGGACGGUUGUUAGAAGAGCCACUAGUUACUGCUUAUUGUGUCACAGAAGCUGGAGCAGGUUCAGACGUAAAUGGAGUGAAAACUCGAGCUGAGAAGAAGGGAGAUGAAUACAUCAUAAAUGGUCAGAAGAUGUGGAUUACAAAUGCAGGUGUAGCAAACUGGUACUUUGUUUUGGUACGAACAGACCCUGACUCCAAAUGCCCUGCAAACAAAGCAUUCAGUGGCUUUAUUGUGGAGCGUGACACGCCAGGAGUUACGCCAGGAAGGAAGGAAAUAAACAUGGGACAACGCUGCUCUGAUACAAGAGGUAUUACUUUUGAAGAUGUUCGUGUUCCAAAAGAAAAUCUUCUCCUUGGUGAAGGAGCAGGUUUCAAAAUUGCAAUGGGAGCUUUUGACAAAACACGGCCAGGCGUUGCUUCAGGGGCAACAGGGGUAGCACAGAGGGCCCUAGAUGAGGCAACAAAGUAUUCUUUGGAAAGGAAAACGUUUGGUGUUCCAAUUGCAAAUCACCAGGCCGUUGCAUUCAUGCUGGCUGAUAUGGCAAUAAACAUUGAGACCGCACGUCUUGCGUGGAAGAUGGCAGCUUGGCAAACUGACAAUGGCAUAAGGAAUUCGUACUUUUCAUCUAUUGCAAAGGCACACGCAGGUGAUAUUGCUAAUAAGUGUGUGUCAGAUGCUGUACAGAUAUUUGGAGGUGCUGGAUUCAACAGUGAAUAUCCAGUAGAGAAACUAAUGAGAGAUGCCAAGAUAUAUCAGAUUUAUGAAGGAACAUCCCAAAUCCAGCGACUUGUAAUUUCACGACAUCUCAUAGAAAGUUUCAAGGAGAAGGCCUGAGCACAGUUCGAUGCUUCCAUGAAUUAUGAAUUAAGUUAAUUUUUGGUUGGGGAAAAUAUGCAUAUAAUGAAGAAUUCAAGAACUUUGAAUUAAUUAUACACAUUUCAAAACUUAAUUCCCAAUGAGUGAUGAAUUUCUUCUUUGCCAUCACAUCCAUAUUAGUUGGCUCUGGGGUCCACCCACUUACUUAUUCAUUCUGUAUCUGGGACUCUGGAAUUGAUCUCUCACAACUGUUUAAUGGUGAGAAAAAAAACACAAAGCUUUACAACUUCUAGACACAGGGAUGAUUCUUUUGGCCAUCCAAAUGUGUAAUAAAAUCUACAAGACUCUUUUUAUACUAAAUACUUUUACUGUAAUUAAUGUACAAUAUUUUGUGUUUUUGUAUUUUCAACAGUGAUUAUUGUAACUUUUGUAUAUACAGAUUGUUGAAUUUAUAAACUAUUGUAUGAAAACAUGAACUCCUAAUUCUUGUGUGAUUUGCAUUAUUAUGUUGUGUGUGAAAAUGAUUUACACUUAGUUUAAUCAUAACAUGAUGGUUAGCUUGAAGCUAACCUACCAGACCUUCACUUGUCAUAUUUGUCAGUAUGCAUUUAAUAACUGGAUGAUGUGUGAAUUUUUAUUAAAAUUUCUAUGGACUUACACCACCAGUGACUAAUGAAAAUUCAGUUUUUAACUUCACUCCAUAAUGCCAGCAAUAGUUGACUAAAGUUAUGGGGUGGAUUUAUGAUGAUACCGUUACCCAUGUUUGUCUGUACAUAGCAUCACUAACCCAACAUCUUUACAAGUGAUAUCUGUCUACACAUUUCAUAACCAUAAAAAGGCUGCAUGGAAAUUAAUGAAAUUUAGUAAGAACAUUACUUCAUGGGCCACCACUUGCUGUGAAGUCGCUCAAAAAUAAUUCAUCGCUACGUAAAUGUUUUCUGAACAAGCAUUAACUUAAACAGUAAAAUAUUUCGAGUGAUUGUGUGUGCUAAUAAUAAUUAGAAUCAAUGUAAUUUAUCUAUGUACUACUGUGUUGCUUGUCAGAAUGGGAAUAAGUGUUACGUUAGUAUAUUAAAUCUCAGUGCUUUGACAAUCA